AUGGAAUACAUCGACGAAGAGACGUUUACAAUCUCCCUCGUCAACUCGGAACGCCUGGCAGGAAAGGACCAGAUCAGCACAAGUAUCCCCGGCGCCGGCCUCAUCAGCGAGCUCGAGAUCGUCGAGGUCGAGGUCGAGGAGACAUUUACUCCACAGCUGCAGGUCAACGGCGGCGCAGCUCCCGCCAGUCCCGAGCCCGAGUCGCCCACGGCAAGUCCCACACGCCGUCAUUCCCAUACCCUUCCUGCCGAGUAUGAUGGGGGCGAGGAGUCGGAUAUCCCACCUGGAGCCGACGAGGGCGCCGACGGACGAGGCCCGGGCGGGCACGAGGCAGAUCUACGCAAUGUGCCGGUUGAUGGCGGCGCCGGAGGCGUGUCACACGAGCGCCGCAAAGGCCCGACCACGCCAACACGAACACACGCGUCGCUCUCGGACCAUGCACACGACGGAUCGCCACGCCGCAACCGCGCGCUCGAGGAUGUGACGACCUCGCCGCGCAACCACCACGCCUCGCACCCCUCCCAACGCGGUCACGAGAACCCCAAUGGUGUCAUUGUGCUCGACUCGCCGAUUAUUGAAGACGACAUCGCGCACGUUCCACAACCCGCUCAACCACCACCUCCAGCCAUGAGCUCGAGCAGCCGCGUCAAGGCAAUCACGCCGCCCCCUCCCAUCGUCGCCUCGCCGCACAAGAGCAACGGCAAGCAACGUGAAGUCCUCGAUGACGAGGCUCUCCCUCCCAUGAUUGAAGACCCAAGUCCUGACUGGAGGGAGCGACUCAAGUUCAUGAACAGGGGCACCCUCCCGCCUGGCGGCGGUGACUGGGCCGACAUGUCUCCAAGCGAAGGCCGCUGGCGUUCGGCUCUAGACUCUGGCGCGUCCACGCCAGGCAUGCACCCACCAAAGGACGGUAACUGGUCGGCUUCUCAGCGUCACUCGUGGUCGGAAGCACAGGGCGGCGCUGGGAAUGAGCUGAGUGCCGAUGAAGCGCCGGCACAGCACGGGACGUGGUCGGGCGGACCCCCUCCAGGACUCAAGGGUACACCAGGUCGAUCGGCCACCAUGCAGUCACACUCGCGGACCCCGGGGCACACAAGCGGUGAUGACGGACCCACAGUACCGAGUACACCAAAGGUGGGCGGGAAGCGCGCGCUCCGCUUCCCGAGGAUGCUGUCCACACGUCGGGCAAGCAUGUCGGCCGCGGCCCAGCCGCCAGCCAUACCCGAAGUUGCUGCGCCGUCCAUGACCAACGAGAUGAUGGCCGGUACGCUCCCUGUUAUGAUUCUCAAGACCUGGCUCGAUCGCGACGAGGAUGGCCACCGUGCCGUACCCGUUCUUCUCGGCAAUCUGCGCUUCCGUGUUGGCGACAGUGUCGGCUUCAAAGCUGGCAAGCCUGGACCGGGCCGCGAGAUGUUCAAGAUUGAAUGCGAGUACGGCGACGGCGCAGUCAAGUGGAUUGUGUACCGCGAGCUUCGAGACUUCUUGUCACUACAUGCGCAUUACAAGGCCGCAAACAUUGGAACGCGCGUCACCGGUCUGCGCUCGUCUCGCCAUGUCGAGAUUCCAGAGUUCCCGCGGUCCGCUAUUCCUUACUGGGCCCGCGAGAGCUACUACAUGGACUGGCUGGAGGGCAAGGGCGACUACAAGGGCAAGAAGGCAAAGGCAGCUGCCGAGGCGGCUGCCGCUUCCGAUAAGCAGAAAGCUGUUGAGCGCGGGGAGCGCGGAAAUGGCCGUCAAGAGUUUAGCACUGCGAGCAGGGACGCGCUCCAACAAUACCUCAUCGACUUGAUUCGUGCAGUGAUGUUCCGCCCAGAGUCUAACCGCUUGUGCACCUUCUUCGAGCUGUCCGCACUCACAGUGGCACUGGCACCGCGUGGAGGGUUCCAAGGCAAGGCCGGUUUCCUCAAGAUUCCGACCGCCAACGCGAGUCGUCGCAGCAACCAACCGGGCAUCCUUCCCAGCAGCUGGGUGAUGCACCGCAGGCCCAAGUGGUUCAUUGUGCGCGAAUCGUACUUUGUCGCGGCCGAGGGUCCAGAGGAGACCGAGUUCUAUGACGUCUUCCUCAUCGACUCGGACUUUUCUAUCGAAAGACCGAAGAGAGCUUACCGUCAAGGCCUGCAUCUCCUCUCUGGAUCUGGCUCGUCCAGACACCACGAGCCGGCGAGCCCAACAGCCGAGGGCGAGGUCGAGACGGCCGAGGAGAAGCACGAGCAAGCCCAAGAAAUUGAUGAAGAGAAGAAGGCGUCGCAACACACAUUCUACAUCGCCAACGCGCAGCGCCGUCUCAAGCUCGUGGCGAAGAAUGCUCGCCAGAUGCACCAGUUCAUCGUCUCGAUGGAGCGCAUUGCCAUGGAAUGCAUCUGGGCCGGUAGGAACCGCUUCGACUCAUUCGCCCCCGUGCGUCUGAAUGUCGCGGCGCAAUGGCUCGUCGACGGACGCGACUACUUCUGGAACCUGAGUCGAGCGAUGAACAUGGCCAAAUCGCGCAUCUACAUCCACGACUGGUGGAUCUCCCCCCAGAUCUACCUUCGUCGACCUGGUGACGAAAGAUACCGCCUCGACAACCUGCUCAAGCGCAAGGCGGAAGAAGGCGUGCGCAUCUUUAUCAUCAUCUACAACGAGGUAUCGGCCAAGACUACCCCUGUUGAAAGUCUCUACGUCAAGAAGACGCUCACUGGCCUCCACCCCAACAUCAUGGUCCAGAGGUCGCCCUCACAUCUUCCCAACGGCGCCCUGUACUGGUCUCAUCACGAAAAGCUCUGUGUGAUCGACGAGACCAUCGCCUUCAUGGGCGGUCUGGACCUGUGCUUUGGACGUUGGGACACAUCUCAGCACAUCAUGACCGACGAAGACCACACCAUGCCAGAUGGCCCAGAAGGCCCCGUGUGGCGUGGCAAGGAUUACUGGAACGAACGUGUCGCCGAGUUCCACGACCUGGACAAGCCAAUGGAGGACACGUUUGACCGUAGCAGGAUUCCACGGAUGCCGUGGCACGAUGUCGGACUCCAAAUUGUUGGCCAGCCGUCGCGUGAUCUGUGCCGUCACUUUGUCCAGCGGUGGAACUACCUUCUUCGCGUCAAGAACCACCGUCGGCAGAUGCCGUUCCUCGUCCCGCCCGCCGACUUUACCGAGACUGAACUGACCGACCUCAAGCUGCAGGGCACUUGCGAGGUGCAGAUCUGCCGGUCGGUUGGUCCGUGGUCGAUGGGCACAACGACCAAGAUUGAGCACUCGAUUCAAAACGCCUACGUCAAGUCGAUCCAGCUGUCUGAGCACUUUGUCUACAUUGAGAACCAAUUCUUCAUCACUUCGACAGUGGUCAACGGUAUCCAGAUUGAGAACAACAUUGGCAACGCACUGGUCAACCGCAUCAUCAAGGCGCACCGCGACGGCACACCGUGGAGGGCGUGUGUUGUCAUCCCUCUGCUGCCUGGCUACACCCACCCGAUUGACUCUGCGGAAGCAAGCUCGGUACGCCUCAUUCUGGAAUGCCAAAAUCGAACCAUCAGCCGAGGACCACAGUCGAUUUUCGCUCGCCUGCGCAAGGAGGGCAUCAACCCAGACGACUACAUUUCCUUCUUCUCCCUUCGCGGCUGGUGCAAGUUCAACUCGGGUGCCCUGGCUACAGAGAUGGUGUACAUCCACGGCAAGACGAUGAUUGUGGAUGACCGUCUGGUUUUGUGCGGCUCGGCCAACAUCAACGAACGGUCCCAGAGAGGUGACCGCGAUUCCGAGCUGGUCGCCGUCAUCCGUGACACCGACAUGAUUGACGGCACAAUGGCGGGCAAGCCGUUCAAGGUCGGCCGCUUUGCGCACACACUCCGUGUCCGACUUAUGCGCGAGCAUGCUGGUGUCGAUGUCGACGAGAUCGACGAGGAUGAGCUCAUGCUCCGCAAGCCAGUAGCCGAGCAGGCCGAGAUUGCGGUUUGGGAUCCCGACCACGAGCAGACUGGUAACGCCAGGCGCGGCAUCACCCGUGUGAAGAAGAGCACGCCAAGAGAGAGGCUCGGAAAAUCAGUCUCGGCGGCCGUUGGCAGCAUCGCCAAGGGUGUCGGAGAGAACAUGAAGGGGUACGUUGACAAGGGGUUGGAGACGGUUACCGCCAUCGAACACGAAGCGGGGCCACACCGCGAGAGCUUCCAAAGCGACAACGGGCCGACAAUGGAAGAGCGAGCCGUCCUUAAGACUCAUGCCGAGCAUGGUGGGGCCGCUGGACACCCUGAAGAGGAGGCGGAUGAACUUGGCGCCUUGGACCAGGGCGACGAGCGCGAGCUUGCGCAGCACCUUUUGCAGACAAACCUCAAGUCGGAGUCGCGAUGGUCAAUGCCAAUUGACCCGCCCAAGAUGGAUCCCAACUUGUUCCACGACCCUCUCGACAAGCGGUUCUGGGACGACAUCUGGGUCGCUGCGGCCGUCUUCAACACCGAGGUAUUCCGCAAGGUGUUCCGUGCGAUGCCCGACGACCUGGUCUCGACGUGGGCACAGUACAAAGAGUACGCGACGUACUUUGAAAAGUUCAUCCGUACUCCUGGUUCCAGGGCAUCACCUACUCCCGAGCCUGCUGGGGAGGACAAGGACAAGGACAAGCCCAACGGCGAUAGUGCCACGCCGGCCGGACAGCCAGCCCACGAGACGACGGUGAUUGCUGGCCCAGCGGGCAGCGGCGGCGAGGAUGGCAACAAGCCGUCUGGUGACCACGAGCCGUGGGCCGAGUGGGAGUUGCGAGAGAUGGAGAAUCUGUUGAACGAGCUGCGGGGUACGCUGGUGGUGUACUCGACCCACUUCCUCGAGGCCGAGGACCAGGCCAACAACUUUUUGUUCAAUCAAGAGCGCAUCCUGCCGCUUCUCAUUUACGACUAGGCGGCGUGUGGUUUGGUGUGUGAUGUUGUGUGUGGCGUUGUUUGCAUUAGUACAGCAUGGCGUAGGAGAUAUAAUACGAGCGAGUGAGCGAAGCGGCG